AUGAUCCCUGGGGGCUGCUCAUCAGAAUGCACUCUGUGGACCGGCAGCGUGGAAAUCACCCGGGAGCCUAGACCAUCUUAUAAAGAAGUCCCGCUUUCCGCCAAGACGGCGCCGAAAGCGAAGAAGGAAGCUCCUGCCCCUCCCAAAGCCAAAGCCGAAGCCAAAGUGAGGGCCUUGAAAGCGGAGAAGGCAGUGCUGAAAGGCGUCCACAGCCACAAAAAGAAGAAGAUCCGCACAUCACCCACGUCCCGGCGGCCCAAGACCCUGCGGCUCCGGAGGCAGCCUAAAUAUCCUCGAAAGAGCUUGCCCAGGAGAAACAAGCUCGACCACUAUGCCAUCAUCAAAUUCCCCCUGACCACUGGGUCAGCCAUGAAGAAGACAGAAGACAACAACACACUUGUGUUCACUGUGGAUGUCAAGGCCAACAAGCACCAGAUCAAACAGGCUGUGAAGACACUCUAUGACAUUGAUGUGGCCAAAGUCAACACCCUCAUAAGGGCUGAUGGAGAGAAGAAGGCGAAUGUUCAGUUGGCUCCUGACUAUGAUGUUCUGGAUGUUGCCAACAAAAUUGGGAUCAUCUAAACUGAGUCCAGCUGGCUAAUUCUAAAUAUACUUUUUCACCAUAAAAA